CGUAAUUAACUUAAAAUAUGAUCUUUAUAAAUUUGGGCUAUUGUAGUACACUGCAGGGGUGCCCUCAUGUUUGCAUAUAUGCGAAUAAGCUACCGAUUUGCACGUCUUCCAAAGAGAUUCUGUGGCUCGUUUUUAUUGGUCUUUUGUUUAAUACCGAAUCGAAAUCUUACCGUCUCCUCGUUCCCCCCCCUGAUUAUUAGUAUCGAGAUGGUCUUUAUAAAGGUCCCUAAAAAGUCGUUUUAACCAUAAUUACAGCCUUGACUCUUUCUUCUUGACAAUGCAUUAGAAAUAUCCUAUUCAAGUUAUAUUGAAGAGACCUAGUUUUAAUUUUCAGGGGCACUCAGUUAUUACCAUUUAAGAUAACCUUGCGAACUGCGCCACCCACUCAUUUGGUCUCAAGUCUUACUACCUAUUAUAUCAAGCUUUCUACUGCCUCCGUUACUAGGGCUCAGCUUUAUCGUUUCCUCAUUCUACCCUAGCUUAUCAACAUAUUAGUUAAACCCCCUAUCGUCGUAGCUAUUUUUAUCGAUGAUAGGCUCCGAGUUGACGCAUAUGGCCCUAAGAUUCAUGCACCAUCUUGGCGCCUUUACGAAUAAGGACGAACAAGCCAUAGGUCCUUUAGUCGGAAAUGGCACCUCUAAUGCAGAAGUUGACGACCGUGGCGAAAUAGCGGACCGCAUCGAGUGCCUUCCAGUUCAGAGUGAUGAACAUGGUCCCCGAGCUGUUGUUUUCAAGUAUUUACACAACUUUGACGAAGCGUCUCUGGGCAUGAACCUUAGAAAGGUCAGUCCGGAUGCUGAUGUUCAGAAUGGAGGUCCUUUUAGCGGGAUCGUGAGAGUGGUUGCGGUAUUUCAAAUACCCACAGGUGAAUGGUGGCAGACCACCGGAUCUGGAGUUAUCAUUGACGAUCAUCAUGUUAUGACCGUUGGCCACAACAUCUGGUCCUCCCAAGGUGGUCUUGCCUUGUCUAUUAGUAUCCAUCGAGAUGGGCGCGCGGACCAUAACGACUCAGACAAGCGCUGCGUGGAAGCCGGGGCUGUCCAUUACCGGUGGGCUCAAGCAUGUGCGAAGGCAAAUGGACCUGAAUACGACAGAACAUAUUGGAUAAACGACUUUGCUAUUCUUCGUGUUUCGAAGCCCUUCCCUAAAGGAACCCAGCCGAUGGAAUACCGGAAGACACCGACAAAGACCACCAGCGCCAAAAUUUACGGCUUUCCUACUGAUAUGCCUAAAGACACGAAAGGGAAGUGGCUGGCUUAUCUUUGCUACAGUCAAGGUAGAGUCACGUACGUACCUACUAGUAGUCUGCUCGACCAUGAUGGGGACACAGAACCUGGUAGCUCUGGCGGCCCUGUCGUUGAUUCUUCCGGAAGGGUGAUUGCUUUGCAUCGAGGAUGCGACUGGGUGGUGGUCCCAUAUCAUCAUCCUCUAAUUAACAAAGCAGUCGCCCUCCUUACCAAGGGAAACGACCCUGAGAAGUUCAUCCAGGCGAUCAAUUUUCCAGCUGGAAAAGGGCCGACGAAAGGACAAGAAGUAAGAAAGGGCAAUGUGUUCAGGGUUGGAGACUGCGUCGCAACUUAUUAUGAUUGGAAUUGAACCGGAGAGCCAAGAUGACGGCGGAGUAUGGUUUGUUAAAAUAGGGACAGCGGCUAUGAAUGAGACGACGAACUUAACGAUACAGGACGAACAGGUGUUUAAGGAUCGGUUAGAACUUGAAAAGGUCAGGCGGAUAUGGGUAUAUCUAGGACACAUGUAUUUAGCGAUUUAUCAUGCAAUUAGAUCUACAUAGGUACUCUAGAAAAAGGGGAUUAGCCCCUAAUAAGUAAGUGAAAGCUUAUACAAUGUUGCUCGCGAUGUAUAUAAGUUUGCAAGACUGACGAUUUGGAGGACAAGCUAAUUGUAUGUCAGACUAACGAUCC